AAAAUGCAUGUUUGAAAGCUACUCUGAAGAUAUGAAGUAUGCUUCUUGGUAUUUUCUUUACAUACCAAGUAUGGAUCUUCAUCUGCAAUUUCAAAGCUUCAGCUGAUUGGGAAUUGUCAUGUUAUAACGAGUCCCUGCAGAUACAUUGUGAUCCUGAAAAAACAAUAAUUAUUCACGAAGCUCACUUCGGUUAUUUUCGUGAAGUUCUACUUAUUUCAAACUCAACCAAUCGGUGUCGUGCACACAAUUCUCGAGAUUGUUGGGUCGAUGUGACUGCCAAUAUAUCUAGAAGAUGUUCCGGUCAUUCUGUUUGUAAAAAUACAGUGCACUAUUCAUCCGACUUGUCUGCUGAUUUGUUGGCGAGAGAAUGUCCUUUCAUAAUUGACGAUGCGGCUGAGCCAACGUUGUUCGUAGAAUAUGACUGCAUUCCAACAACUCUUGUAACACGAAUAUCUAAUGAAAAUCAUGUGGAUCCUGAACAGAUUGGCGGUUAUUUAAUCAGCUUAGAUUAUAAUGAAAUAGUAAAAAGUGGUUCGGAAUGGAGAAGUCACUUAGCUGAGGCGAUGUGUAAUCCCGAAUCAAAUCAUUUACCACAUCAGUUCUAUUUACCGGCGCCCAAAAUUGCAGCAACCAAAUAUUCAGUUAAUGAUGAUGAUGCUUUUAACAGCUACGGUGAAAGUGGUCAUCGUGAAAAUAAUCAUGAUCGUCUGGUGAACAAAGGCAGUUUGGCCACAUUUAUAUUACGGAUUAAAGAUAUAGGUCUGACCAAAUCAACCACGAAUACUAAUGGAAUUUCAUCGGCUUUCGCUUCAUCAUCAUCCUCAUCUACUUCAUCAUUGUCAUCGUUCGGAUCUGUAUUAUCAAACAAUAAUAAUAAUAUUAAUAUUAAUAAUAACAAUUUAAUAUUAGCUACUGGAUCGGCAUGUCCAUCAAAUCCUGGAAUUGCAUGUAGUCAUGAUUAUUUAUCCGUUGAUGCUCGUAUAUCUAAUGUUUAUGAUGGUACAAUUAGUAAUAUACCAAUAAUUCGUUUUUGUUCAAUCAAUAAUUUCACACUGAAAACAACUACUACAAAGAGAGAAACUGAACUGACCAAUUCAUCAUUUGCUUCUGGAUCAUUUUCAUUGAAUUCAAUAGAUUCUAAUAAAUUAUAUCCAUUAGAUGAAUCCUAUUUAGUUGGACAAAUUUAUGGUCCAAUUAGUAAUGUAUAUGGUUUACAGUUUACAUCAAAUUUAAAUUUAUUAGAUCCAUAUAUUAUUCAUGGAAAAGGCAUAGUGUUAGAAUAUAUUGCUCUUUUAUGUGUUCCCAUCAAUCCACCAAGUGGUAAUGGAGUGGUUGACUAUCGGUUCCGUGUAAAUCAGCAAACAUCUCAUACCUUCGCUUAUGCUGAAGUAUUCUGUCCAUCUGAUCGUUGGUUAGAGCCAAUGGAUCCAGACUUAGAUGAAAUCAAUCCAUCACAAUCAUCCUCAUCAUUUUCGUCAACAGGUAAUAGAUCAUCACUUAAUAAUGACAGUAUUCCUAAUCCAUGGUGGUUACAGCGUCGAAGACAUAUAACACUGAUUUGUGAUCAUCAUGAACGUAAAUGGAUACCAAAUCGAUUACCAGAAGCUUGUUUAACAUCCGAUGAACUUGCUACAUUUGUUGCACAAAUCACUAAAAAUUUACAAAAAAUGGAAAACAAAAAUACAAAAUUAUCCUUAAAUAGUAAUCAGUUGGAUAUGAACAGUAGUGAUGAGAUGAUGUUGAAGAUUUUGACAAAUGUUGAUCAAUCAGAAUUCAAUACUACUCAUACAUCAUUGUAUUUGAAAGCUGCCAAUGAUAAUGAUCAAGUAACACAUCUUUCAUCAGUUGCCUUAGGUUCUAUACUUGGAAUAUUAAUAUUUCUUUUGGCUACUUUUCUUGUUGUCUGUAGUCUGAGGCAUAAAUUAUUUGAACAUUAUCAUAAAACUAUUGACCUGGCUGCAAUUUCAUCGUCGAAUCGUCUUGGUUCCUGUUCAUUGGGAACAUUUAGUAGAUCUAAGGAUACUUUGUUAUUUCCAACAUGCAAAAGGUCUCUCAUGUCAUUUCAUAAUAAUAAUAACAGCAACAACAACCAUGAUCACAUAGUUUCCACCAAUGGAAAUCUCUUCAAAUCUUAUCCUUAUUUAUUGAGUCAUAAUACGAUCAAUGGAAGUUUCCCAGAUUUUUCGAACACAGCACAACAACAACAACCAACAUUUUUACUUCAUUCAUCAACUGUUUCAGGUGUGAAUAAAAAACCAUCAAAUAUUGACUUUAUUACAGAUGGUCAUUUACCACCAUGGCGUAACUCUUCUAUGAAAAGAAAUCAAAAACCUCCUACUGCUAUUUCAGCAUUAACAUUGGUACCGAACACACCGAGUUCAGAUCGUAGACAGAUUAUGAAUUCAUUACCAUGGCUACGGACGAAUUCCACAUCUCAUAUUAGCAGUACUAAUGGUGCUCCUCCUGCCUUUAAUCACAAUACUAAUCAUACUAAUAGUACGACUACUAAUAAUAAUAACCAUUCAAGGUUUGGAGCAUCUAGUGAAACAAUUCUUUUUCCAUCAUUGAAUCCACCAAACGGUAUACCACGUUCAUGGUGGUUACCAUGGCGUAGAAGUAUGCGAAAAAAGCGUCGAUUAUAUACACAAUUGCAAAGACGUCAAGAAAUUCAAUCAUUAUCUCAACGUGGUCUUUUGGAAUCAUCUGGUAGUUUUUUAGGGAAAUCAACUCCACAAUUACCAAAUAAUCGUCAUUUAAUGACAUCAUCAAAUAAUAGUGGAUUAUUGACCAAUGAUAAUGUGUCAAGAUUUGGAACAACAGCUGAACCAUCAUUACCUAUGAUACCUAUAUCAUCAUCACCAUCAUCAACAUCAUCGUUAUCAAACAAGGAAGAAUUAAAUCAUCAACAUCCAUACUCAAAUCACGUAUUUCUAAGAUCAGAAAGAUCUGGGAGUGAGAGAACACAACAAAGUACAAGGACAUUGAUUACAGCAACGAAUAAUAGUAGUAAUUCCGGGAUAGUUAGCGCUUUAUACGCAAAUGAUGAUCAAGCAAAUUCACCAAUUUAUACAAAAUAUCCUAUGAAUUUACCAAGUAAUAAUAAUAGUAAUAGGGACAAUAUAUCGUCGGCUAUCUAUCCUAAGACUAAUUCAAAUAUACAAUCUAUUUCAUGGAUCAAUGUGAAUGAUAAUGACUUACCGUGGAAGUUCACACCACCAAGUCGAAAUAGUUUUAGUAAUGGCAUCCGACGAUUAUCAUCGUUUUUUCGUAGUUUUAAUCAAAGCAACGGUUCAUUCACACCACCAAGAUAUCAAAGUAACAAUCAUAAUAAUAAUAGUUAUGGAUUAUCUUAUAAAAAAUCAUCAUUGAGGUCUUCAUCAUUCAACACAUCACGUACAGAAAUAAUGCCAUCAAUGCCAGUAUUACCUACAUUUAAUUACUUAGCUACAUCAAAUAAUAACAAUAAUAAUAGUAGCAAUAUUGUACCGUUGACCAGUCAUUAUCCAGUCGAUAAACAACAUUUUGAUUCAUUUCGAUUAAGUGGACGUCAUGUUACUCAUCCAUUGAUACAACCAUCUUUGCAAUCAGUGUCAGAAUCGAAUGAUUUACAUAGAAAACACCAUUAUAUCGAGAAUAUGUGGAGUACUCAAACAGUAAAACCAUCAUUAUUUCAUCAAGAUGCUUAUCAACAUCAUCAAAAUCAUCAUACUAUGUAUAGCAGUGGAGAUGAACACACUACCAUUAAUGAUAUGUUAUCACGUAAUACAACAAAAACCAGUUUACAAGGUAGUAGUCGAAUAGAUUCAUUACUAUCAACUGAAUUCAUCGAUUUAUGCAACAAUAACAAUGGAGGCAGUAGUACUAUUAAUCAUAUUGUCAAAAAUGAUCCAUUGGUUAAAUUAAAUUCUACUACAGUUACUUCAGUAAAACAAACAAUACCGAAUUCAAUGUACAAUAGUUUCUUGAAUUAUAAUAAAUUGGAUUAUAUUGAAAAAGAUGAAUUAAAUCAUUUACCAUAUCUAACAACUGAUCCAUAUUUGGAACCUGUUUCAUUGAAAAGAAAACAACAACAAGAAAAACGACUGGAUCAUUUGAUAACUGCAAAGAAAAUCCAUCAUAUUGAUCAUGAUCAUGAUAUGGAAUGUGAUACAGUAGAGAACAAAAAUGAUGAUUUAAUCAAAUUAAAUAAUGACAUUGUUCCUCUACCUCGAGUGAAACAUCCAACAACUAUCGAUUAUGUAACUUAUGAUGAAAUACGUUCAUAUGAUAAGAAAAAUAAUCGAUUUUCAUCGAAUACAACCACUGGACAACGACCAUAUUCAAUUGAUUCUAACUGUAUUCCGUUGAAUUCAAAUAACAAACUUGUAGCUGGAACAUCAACAGUUGUAUCAUCAAUGUUAUCAUCAGAUCAUGAAGUACAACGUAGAAUUAAUGCGAUGAAAGGUGAUUCUGAUUCACGUCCAUUAUCUGAUGCAAUGAUCAGCAAUCAUUAUUAUGAUUUAAAUCGUAAUAUAAAUUAUCAAGAAAUAUCAAUGGAAUCAUCAUUACAAGAAGAGGAAAAAAGAAAUCCUAACCAUCAAAUAUUAUGCAAAUCACAUCCACCAUUGCCACCUUUAUGGUCUAAUAAUAAUAAUAUUAAUACUAUGGAACAUUUUAAUAAAAACCAUGCAAUUAAUACUACUGAUAGUAAUAAUAAUAGUAACAGAAAUUUCGGUUCAAUGGAUUCGUUAUAUGAAACGGUAGAUUUGCCUAGAACUAAUUUGCCAACACCAAUGAUAACACCGACAACAAUGAUUCAACAACAACAACACCUCAUGGAUUUCAGAAACACUGUCAAUAAUGAACAUAUACCUCGACGCAGUAGUAUGGCAUUACCGCCAACACCAUCAUCUAUAUUAAAUUUGAAAGCACCGAUACGUUCAAUCGGUGAAAUGGAUGAUUGGAAUUUGCCUAGUUGUUCUGAUGAUUCUGAAUAACUAUUUUAGGAUUCAGAAAAAAGGAAGACAAUGAAGAUUCUUGUAUAGAACAAAGACUUUCAAUGGAAAUGUUCAAUAUGUAAAUAAUUGACAACGACAAUAACUCCUUCAUUUAUUCAUUCACAGAUUCAUUGUGAUACUUUUGUAUCACAGUUUUCUUUAAAGGAACUUUCAUUUGAUGGAAGCAUUUUCUGAGUUUCUACUGUAAAUAUUCAAUGAAUGAGUUUUGGAUGACAUUGAUCAAUAUGGGUACUUUUCUUUACUCUACGAAUGACUUCUACAAUUUAUCAAUGUUAUAUGCUUGUAAAACCCAACUCUGUUUAGCUGAGGAUAUUCAGUGAUUAAUUUAUGUUCCAUUGAAGUUAUCUUGGAAGGAAUGUUAACAUUCAAUAGCAAAAUCUCGUGAAUAGUUUUCUUUCAGCAAUGCACAUUCGGAUAUAAUGGUGAUAAUUCAAUAUGUAGUGGUUAAUUCUUCCAAACGACGAAUUCUGUAGCUUACAUUAUCAUUUCAGAAUGCUAUUCUGGAGACUUUCACGCUAUAUAAUACUUGAAAACGCUUGAAAUAAUUCGAGAGAAAUCUAAAACUUCACAGCAAAACCUGAAAUCCCUGCAUUCAAUCUGUGGUAGUGUAUCUCGAAGGUAUCGUUCACUACGACGAAAAAAAUUGUCUAUUCAAUGUUUUCUGGUCGUCAAUGAUUAAUGAUUGGUAUAAACUGAAGUGAUUCAUUCGAAAACUAUUCAGUUAACUCCACAAAAUAUUGUUGAUAAAAGUUACAAAAGAGAUGAUAUCCCACUGCUUUUUUCCCUAUAUCCCCUUAGAAUUAUUCAUCUACAUCUUGUUUGAAUGCAUCGAUCAUCAAGAUUACUCCUUUCUUUGUCCAACAUUUUCCUUUUUCAUCAAAAAUCUAAACUUCAUUCUUAAAAGUAACCCAGAAAAUGGUACUAUUCAAAUAUAGAUGAAUUCCAUUUAUCUGUUCACAAAUGAAACUAUGUCAUCUAUUGACAAUAAUAAUUUUUUUAAAAACCUAUCCACAUAUGUCUCUUUCGAUGAUACACACCCUAUAUACAUAUUACUUAUUUCGUUAUAUUGUUAAACAGAUUGAAAAAUCUUUGAUUGAACUAUAGGUGUCUUCCAAAAAUACAAUCACUCACUCUCUCUUUCCUUCCCUGCAAAUAAAUUCCCAGUAUGUACUUGACUUGAUAAUUUGACUUUUCUAACAGUAACAGAGUAUUUCUAUUCGUCUUCUCUUUUCUUCAAAUUCACAUCAUUUCCAUCCAUUCCUAUGUAUAGGUAUGUGUAUUCAUGUAUUCCUCUUCAAUGAUGUCCUCUUCUCUAAACUGGUUAUGUUAAUUGUGAAGCUUUGAAUAUUCUUUACAACCGAACCAUCCAUUGUAUGGAAUAUGACAACUGAAUGGAUUCAACUCAGCUAUAAAUCUUUAGCGUUGUAUAUCCCCUUCAUUGCUUCUUCAUACUUCCGUUCAAUUGAUUCGUAUUAUUACAUGCACACACACACAUGACGUACUCAAUUCACACUUGUCGUUUAUUCCAAUUUCUCAUCGUCACAUCUUGUAUAUUUCUUAGUGCAUAGAAUCUAUAAACUGGAUAUCAUAUAUAGGUUAUCUCCAGCAAACUGCAUUCUAUAGUUUGUUUAUAAGCAUUACCAAAGUGACAUUUUAUGUCUCUGAUUUUCUCAUAUAUAACUCCUUCUUUGUUUUAUAUACGUUACAUACGUACACAGAUAAUAAGCAUGAUAUUAUUGUAAUUUUCUCUUUCAUAACAUUGAGUUAAUUCCUUGUCUUUUUGUACGAUAAUAUCAAGUUAUGCUUGCCUAUUAUUUACGUUUAUAUAAACAGAAUACUAUAACCAGUUUCUCAAUGUAUUAUGGAUUCUAUUGUUCAAGGUUUGUUGGAUUGUCUGCAGAGAACUAUGGACCUAGGUAACUUGCCGACUGGCACUUCUUAGUAAAGUGUACUUGUAAAUUCGAAAGAGUGUUGCAUGUAAGAUUUGAGUGUGCAUUACUCAGAUUUACAGUCAAAAUUGUUACCACUGACUACCGGGUAGAACUUGAAGAUAAUCGAUUACAUGUUUAUCUAAACACUUCGUGCCGACUGAACCUUAUAACUUAAGUUGAAAUAUGGUCAAUAGUUUAGAUACCUCGACGCCAUUUGUAAGAUGUUGAGAUAAUAGGAGAUUAACGGUACUUGAUAGAUUAUUCGACUUUACGUAAACGAUGUUUCAAAGACAAUUAUAAUCAAAAACUUUCAGUCUACAUAAGUCUUGCACUUCAUGACGUCAUUUUUCAUAAUCAUAUAUUAGUACAAAGUAGGUUGGUGAGCAGCAUUCUUGAUCAUUGAAAGGUAGACGGACCCAUUUUCUACAUCAUGGUUGACGCAAAUUAGCAAAAAACAAGUGAUUUCUUCAAACCCACCGACAUAUCCCUUCAAAUAUUCAUGCAACGUAUAGUAAAGUUGCAUAAACUGAUUUUCCACUAAAAUUGAAACUAAGUCUUUCGACAAUAAAUAUGAUUUCGGCCUUUUUCACCGGCUUUAAACAAUCUACACGACUGAACAACGAUGAAUAAACAACUUGUUAAAAGGAAGUCAACUACUGGAAAUAUCUAAUAUCGUAACAAGCUUUCAGCUAAUUUACUUGACAAAAAAAUACAAUGAGCAAAUACUUACUUACUUACGCCUGUUACUCCCAAUGGAGCAUAGGCCGCCGACCAGCUUUCUCCAACCCACUCUGUCCUGGGCUUCCUUUUCUAGUUUUACCCAGUUCUUGUUCGUUAUUCUCAUGUCUGUCUCAAUUUCUUGGCGUAGUGUGUUCUUUGGUCUUCCUCUUCUCCUUUGACCUUCAGGAUUCCACGUGAAGGCUUGUCUUGUGACACAAUUAAGUGAUUUUCUCAAAGCGUGCCCAAUCCACUUCCAGCGCUUCUUCCUGAUUUCUUCCUCAACUGGAAUCUGGUUUGUUGUAUCCCACAGUAACUUGUUGCUGAUAGUGUCUGGCCAUCGGCUCCGAAGUAUCUUGCGUAGACAGCUGUUAAUAAACAAUUGUAUCUUCUGGAUAAUGGCUUUCGUAGUUCUACACGUCUCCGCCCCAUACAGAAGAACUGUCUUGACAUUUGUAUUAAAAAUUCUAACUUUGGUGUUGGUUGACAAUUGUUUUUAGUUCCAGAUAUUCUUCAGUUGUAAAUAUGCUGCUGUUGCUUUGCCGAUCCGCGCCCUCACAUCUGCAUCUGAUCCACCGUGUUCAUCAAUGAUGCUGCCCAGAUACGUAAAGGUUUCCACAUUCUCCAGAGCUUCUCCGUCAAGUGUAAUUUGAUUGGUGCAUAUUGUAUCGGAGAGUCUUGCUUUUCUCUUUGUUUAUAUUGAGACCUACUGCUGCCGAGGCUGCUGCUACACUGGUCGUUUUCUCCUGCAUUUGUUGUUGCGUUUGUGAUAUAAGAGCCAGAUCAUCCGCGAAGUCUAAAUCAUCAAGCUGCAUCCUGCCUGUCCACUGUAUCCCGUGCAUUCCUCCAGUCGUUGGCGUCUUCAUGAUCCAGUCGAUGACCAAGAAAAAGAGAAAGGGUGAGAGUAAGCAACCUUGCCUAACACCAGUCUUUACUUUAAACGACUCGGUGAGUUGUCCUCCGUGGACGAUUUGGCAGUUUAGUCCAUCAUAGGAGUUCCGCAUGAUAUUGAAUAUCUUCUCAGGCACGCCGUAGUGUCAAAGAAGCUUCCAUAGUGUCGUCCUGUCCACGCUAUCAAAUGCCUUCUCGUAGUCGAUGAAGUUGAUGUACAGUGAUGAAUGAGCAAAUAGUCAGUCAUAAUCAACGUUGGAGCAGUCAAGAAACGUAUGCGUCGGCCCACAUUGCCAUACCACAACAUCGACCCAGGAAAUUAAGAGUAACUAAAUGUUGUAAAAUUUAUGAAGAUCUUUAUUUACGACAGUGCACUAAAUGCAUUAUAAUCAUGUACUGUGUUCUCUGAGCUUCAUCUUUCAACUAUAGAGCUUUCAUCUAUUUUUGUUCUGGACAACAUCUUUAGAGACUACGUCGUCUUAAGAAUUACACUAAAUAGUUUAGAGAACACAUCAUCAUUUCAGAUAACAAUGUAUAAACGAGCUUCUUUGUAAUAUUACAUUAACGAAGAGAAUAGCCAUGAUGACAUGGGAACAAAGAGGCUGCAAAUAGUAAUCUAUACAUAGGUAAUCGGAAAAGUGCGAACUUAUCAAUCCGUCACAUUUACUGUGUUGAGUUCUUAAACAUGGUAAAACAUUAUUAGAUAUCUAUAAUAAUUGAAUGCAGUGACUAUUUUGUUACGGUUUGGCUUUGCAAACAUGGGAGAUUUCUUCUUAAUUGAAUGUUUUUCAUUAUGACAUUCUUACUUAAACUGUAUCUCUUGCUGUUAAACUAUACUUGUUCAACCAUAUGUUUUAUUGAUAAAAGUACCUCAGAAUAUCUAAAUUUCAUUAUUGGAUGAUAAUUUAAGGGAUACUCGAGAUAAGAGUUUCCUUAUGCAUACUUUUCCAAUGUCCCAUGCUGUUAAUUAGUUUGUUGUUUUCACCCUUAGUUCGCUAAUUUGGUUGUGUUCCGAAUUCACUGCAUGAUACUAUGUAUAUAGAGAAUCCUUUCAAUUCGACUACAACUUCUCUUCGUAUGAAGAAGAUUUUCUGAUAUCUUAUCAACAUUAGUGAAUAUUACAAAUCAGUAACUUACGAGAUGAAUCCCACAAUCAAAGGUAUUGACCAAAUAUCACCAGAAAGCAUUGACGAAACUCAUUAAAGACGAAACAACAUCACUACUUCGUUGUGACAAGGGUUCUGUUGUAGUCAUUCUCAACAGAGGUGAAUACAUCAGUAAAGAUAUGUCCAUUUUGAAUGAUCCCACAGGAUUUAUCAUCGAUCAUACCCAGAAAGACUUAACAGAUGCUACUGAGAAGCGUCUUCUUAAAAGUUGAGAAGACUGAUGAAGAAAAAUCUAAUAGAUACAACGAACUCAAACCAUACGGAUCACAAUUGCCAUACUUAUGCGGUCUGUCCAAAAUGCACAAAACCGACAUUCUGAACUUCUGCCUUCACCAAUCCAUGAAUUUAAACAGCUACUGCUAUUGUGUUCAAAAACAUACAAUUUAAAUUCAACAACCUAUUGUACCGUAAAAUUGAUGGAGUAGCCAUUUGUAGCGCUUUGGGCUGAAUACUAACCGUCAUACUUAUGGGAACCCUGGAACAGAAGAAGCAUAGGCACGCAAUCGACGGUACCACACUCUAUUGCAGACAUACUGAUGACACAUUUCUUGCUUGCAACAAACACAAACACUCCAUGAACCUACUCAGUCUCUUUAAUAAAGCACACAGGGAUAUAGAAUUUACUGUGGAACAUGAAAUUGAAGGUUAAUUCCACUUCCCAGAUAUCGGAAUCAGACGAAUAUUAGUUGGUACAUUACAAAGACACAUUCAUCGCAUUCAUUCAUUGCAUUAUAUCUCAAUUACUCCAAUGAGUUACAAAAAGUGAGCACUUCUACUCAAAGGAAUGCCUGGAGCAAGAAACUGCUCUCAUCUCUAGGUGCCUACGUGAAAAAGCAUAUCCGGCGAAAUUCAUUCAUAAAUAUGCAAAGAUCAACCCUCAGGUAAAGUGCGAUAGAAUGGAGAAGAAAACUUGCUUCUUAUACUUACGCUUCAAAGAAGAUGAAAUUACUGGAAUUAUUAAUCACAAAAUUAAUUCCGCUUUGAAUGUGAUCUAUACAUCAGCUAAACUGACGACGGUGUGGGAAACUAACUGAAAUCGACAAGUCCUCUUUUCUCAGUAGCUCCAACUGUAUUUACCAAUUUACAUGUACGUGAAAAAGCACAUACAUUGCAAGAACUGAGGUAAUAGUAAAUUUUCGCAUUCGUGAGCAUGUUCCAAAUAAAUUGAGGUUGCGAGCGACCAGGUCACUCAACAGUGCAAUAGAUCGGCAUUUACUUGACACCGAGCAUGCCAUUGAAAUCUCUCUCAUGCUUUCAAAAUUAUUAGCAGACAAAGACGGUAAUGAACUUAUUACUACCCUGGUAAUCAAAUUUUUUUGAGUUUUUUUGGAUUAUUAGUUUCAUUUCGGUUAUUAUUUAUUUUGUGCUAUGGUCCUCUGCUAUUACCAAAUUCACUCACACAUUUCCGCUAACUUGACUCUCUUAAAUUAUGUGAAAUAUCAAAUUAUAUUCAAUUAUUGCGUAGCCCAUCCUAUUUGUUUUUAAUUCCAUGACUCCUUCAUUAAUAUAAAAUUAUAACACAAUCUAUCUUAUAUGCCUCCGAACUCCACUCAACUAUCACACCACCCAUCCUUUAUGCUUCCAUGAUUCUAACACCAAAUAACCUCUUGCUUUUUCUUCCACAUAUAUGUAUAUAGUUAUGAUUGAUAACGUUUUGUCAUUCCGAUCCCUUGCAUUCACUUAGGUCAAUUGUAAUACAUAUUUGGUUGUAAGUAGCUGAUGAGAAACCACGAAAUAUAAUGAAUUCAUAUUAUUCUGCAUC